AAAAGUUCUAUCUUUAAUUAUAAUAUUUUAAUCAGACCUGAACACAAAUACGUACACUUCAACGUCCAGCGACGGGCUUCUGUCUCCCCAAAAUGAGCAUUCGAUAUGGAGCGCAAAGACAACCAAACUCCUCAAGGCGAAAUCGCGCGGAUUCUUGUAGAAUUCCUUGAGGUUGCUAUUACUUCAGUCGUUUUCCUCAAAGGAGUCUACCCAAAUGGGGCUUUUGAGCGGCGGCGAUACAUGAAUUUAGUAGUCCACAAAGCCAGGCACCCUCAGCUAUAUGAAUACAUUCAUGUUGCUGUUAAUGGCCUCCUUGCUUUCCUCACCAAGGAUUUGAUUGAUAGAGUAGCUGUGGUUUUCCUGGAUGAUGGUGGUUUGCCGAUUGAGAGAUUUGUUUUCAAGCUUAAUGUGAAUCAGUCAUAUAGUUCAAAGGUGCAGCAAGCUGACCUGGAGUUCUCUCUUAGGUCAUUCUUGAUUAAGCUGCCGCUUUCUGAGCCUCUAACCAAGAUUCUGCCGCCAACAGAUUGCAGGUGGGAAAUCAUGGCUUAUUUCCGCGCUCUGCCUCAAGCUAGCACCAGCAAAGAUGCAGAGAUGUGGAUCCCAUCAGAUGCGAAACAGUGGCAGCAACCAGCGGUGAUCACCCCGAUUAAGUCCAUGAGCAGUGAACCUCUUCGUGUGCAAGUUUACGCAGAAGACCCCAAUCCAUCUGCGCCAAAGAAUUAGGAUGCAAAUUGAAUUGACUUGAGAAGAUCCAACUCUUACCAGGUUUAAAGUCCAUGAAGCAGAUACAUCUGAUAGGCCAGUUUUUCGACUGCGAGUUUAAGUUCCUCGCAUGCCUUUUUCUAGUGGUAGGUCGAAGAUGUUGUGGCUUGAAGUUCCAGCAUGAAUGAUGUACGGCCUGGCAAAGAUUGCCACAGCAGUUGGUUGAGCGAAUUACAGUCUCUUGUACAUGUGAUGCGACUAACUCAAUUGGUAAGACGUUUUUUCUCCGACUAUUAGGUUGAAGAUUCCGGUCAUUACUGAGGAGAAAUAAGGAACUAUUAUCGAUCCUCCUUAAAAACAAUAAAAAAAAUCAGUUAAUCAGGUGUUUUUUUAUUUAUGUAUAAUGUAUUUAUUUGUUUAUUUAUUAAAGAAUUGAAGAAUUACAUAUUA